AAAAGAGAGGAGAGCCGUUUAUUUUGCCUUUGGUCUUUAUUUUGCUCAUGGCUUCCCUUGCCACUGCCACUGCCACUGCUGCUUGUUCUUGUUCUCAAUGCCCCGGGAUUCCCAAACUACCCUUUCUUUCUAAUUUUAGGCGCACGCCUCCUUUUCCUGUCGUUUCCUCUUCACUUGAUUGAUUUGUUGGUGGAAGACAGUGGCCGAUUGUAGUUGGUUUUCUCUGUUUCUUUUUCGCCAAUCAAAAAGCCGUUUGCAGUUCUAGAGACUUCUAGUUGCCGGUUAAGUAGAGGGCUUCUCUGUGUGUGUGUUUGUUUGUUAGUUAUAGGCUUAUAGCCCACCUCCAAUGACAAUCUGUUUGGUUCUUUAUCGAGCAACGCAAACAGAUUGGAUGGAAGGGAAGGGAAGGGCCACAUGUGUUUCACAUCACAGAGGGAUAGCAAGAAAUCAAAUGAGACCGCGGCACCCUAUGUAUCAUCUUCUUGCUCAUUCCUCAUACACUGCUCCUACUACUGGUAUAUAUAAUAUAUUUUUACUCCCUCUAGUAAAAGAUAAAGAUGCUACUCCAUAAAAUAAAGAAUUAGCAGAAACAGCAGCACUCUUCCUUCCCCUCUACGCAGCUUUUGGUGUUGGCUGCGUUUUUCUGUUCCUCUUUUGCGUCUUCUUAUUUCUUCUCGUUGUUUGUGCGCGUUGUCUUCUCUUCCUCCCCAUUUCCAUUAGAUUUGGAGAAACGCACUCUUGUCUCUCUGGGUAAUUUCUUUCUGAUCACACGUGGCUUUUGGGAGAAUAGAAAAGCUUCUUGGAAAACUCACCCGUUACAAUUUCUAUAGCUUGCUUGCUCUUCGUUACCUGAUGGCUCAGUCUCUUACCUCCCAAAGGGAUGUGGAGACAGUUGGCUCAAAAGGAGUCAUAAAAAGAAAUGAAUACGUCAGAAUCAUAACAAGGGCACUGUACUCACUCAAUUAUAAUAUGACUGCAGACCUUUUGCAGGAAGAAUCAAGAAUACCAUUGGACUCCUCAGAGGUUAAAUUGCUUCAGAAGCAAGUGUUGGAUGGGAACUGGGAAGAAAGUGUGAAAACGUUGUGUACAAUCAGUCUUCUGGACAAAGCAACUCGGUCCCUGGCAUCAUUCUUGAUAUUGGAGCAGAAGUUCCUCAAAUUUCUGAGAAUGGAUAACAAUGUGCUUGAUGCCUUAAAUGUUCUGAGGAAAGAAAUCGUGCCUCUUGGAAUCAAUUUGAACCGUGUUCAUGAGCUUGCUUCCUGGAUCAUCUCUCCUUCAGGGUAUCGAAAUACUGAUCAGGACACCGAGAGUGCAAAGUCAGAGAUUCUGAAGAAACUGCUGAACUUGCUUCCCCCUUCACUCGUGAUUCCUCCAACAAGGUUAGAAAGUAUUGUUGAGGAGGCUCUUGAUCUGCAACGUGGUGCUUGCCUGUUUCACAAUGUUUUUGAUAGUGAUCUCUCUUUGUACCCUGAUCAUCAGUGCGGAAGAGGUCGGCUUCCUUCUUCAAUAAAGCAGAUUCUGCAAGUGCACACUGAUGAAGUUUGGUUUCUGCAAUUUUCACAUGACGGAAAGUAUUUGGCAUCAUCAUCCAAGGAUCAGUCAGCAAUCAUAUGGCAGGUUAUGGAUGGAGGUAAAGCGUCAUGGAAGCAUACACUCAUAGGUCACCAGAAACCAGUUUUGACAGUUUCAUGGAGCCCUGAUGAUAACCAGCUACUUACCUGUGGCGAAGAUGAGGUUAUCAGACGAUGGGAUGCCAAUUUGGGACAAUGCCUCCAUGUUUACGAAAAAAUUGGUGUCGGUUUCAUUUCCUGUGCAUGGUCCCCUGACGGUAGGGUUAUACUUGCCGGUAUGACUAACAAGAGCUUUAGCCUGUGGGAUGUCAAUGGAGCGGAGCUGGACUGUUGGGAAGAGAAUACACUCAGGAUAUCUGAGAUGGCCAUAACUGAUGCGAGGGAUAUGAUAGUAAGCAUAUGCAGAGGUGAUACAAUAGUAUUCCUUGACUGGGAAGAGAAAAGAUGUCGGAAACUGAUUCAGGAAGAGGAAGUGAUUACUUCGUUCUCGUUGUCAAAAGACAACAAAUUCCUUCUAGUUAAUCUUACAAACCAAGAAAUCCAUCUGUGGAGCUUAGAGGGUUAUCCCCAGGUUGUGGCCAGGUAUAAGGGUCACACACGCUCACGGUUUAUCAUCAGAUCUUGUUUUGGUGGAUGUGAAGAAGCAUUUAUCGCAAGUGGCAGUGAGGAUGCUCAGGUGUAUGUAUGGCACAGAGGGUCAGGGAAACUAAUUCAGGCACUGGAUGGGCAUUCUGGAGCUGUGAACUGUGUGAGCUGGAACCCGGUAAAUAUUUACAUGCUGGCCUCAGCUAGCGAUGAUGGAGCAAUUCGAAUAUGGGGUCCAGAUCCCAGGAUGGACCAAUAUGGUCUGGGUUUUAAAUCAUGCACAUGAAGGCGAAGCAAAGCUGCAGGGAGAUGAGAGCGAUGGCACAAAGUCAUUGACGAGCAGAAUGGGAAACUGAAACAAUUCAAGUCCUGACAGUUAAAUGUUGUUUCAAGCUGAUUGCUUCCUGGUAAAGUACUACCCUUGUUUGUAGGAGCAACAUACGUACUGUAUAUAGAAAUAGCAGCCAGCCAUUCAACAAUAUACGCUUUCAUACACACAUGCAUUGUAAUUUUGUUCGUCUAUCAUGGAAUUUUGAUGCUCCUUUUGA